AUGUCGUCCACAAGGAUACACGAACCCAUUCGUACCUAUGCGUACAAUCUGAGGGAGCGUCGAGCCGGUACCACCGAUGUCCCUUAUGGAUGCUACAAGUACGAGUUUGCCAAGAACUAUCUACCCGGUGGCCUGUUCCACUUUGUCAAGGACAUGGAUUCGUACGUGCCAACGCUGCAUGGACUGAGUGCCGGCUUUUUAGGAAAACUCAAAGAAGUGGCGGUGUGCGCCGCCAGCAGCUCCAUUGCAAACAGACCGUUCCUGAACGCCCCACACCUAUACGAAGUGGAACUAAUCAACACGGGACACGAGUCGCUCAGGCAGGGAGAUCGUUUUACUGUGCAGCUUCCAAACAGAGAAGACAUUGUGGCGCAAAUGGAAGUGGAAGUAGACCCAGGUUACGACCUGUCUGUCAACAAGGGCAUCUGGGGAGGGCUGCUGGCUACCAGGAGAGUGAAUUGCGAGUUCGGAGGAGACCCGAUCGAGGAGCUGAUACAAGCUGUUAAGCACGAUCAUGAUUUUGAUGUGUUUCAACUCGUAUCGCCUUACACGCCCCAGAGUAUACUGUCCAUGAUGACCCUGAUAGCAAACGGAGCUGGCUAUCACGAAGUCACGGAUGACAUGAGGAAAAGUGCAGCAGCGGCAGUCAACGAGGACUUUGACGCUUCAACCAUCAGCGCUGUUGUGGAAAAUGAAAAUGUGAAAAGCUUUCUAAGGACCGUUGUCAGGCACGCCGUGUGUAUAGUGGAGAGCGUACAAGGCUUCGCCGGAGGACAGAUGGCAAUCAAUGAAGACGACUUAAAUGACACAGGUUCGGGUUCUGGUUCUGGCGAGGUCGGGGGGGAUCUGGAGGAACCCUGUGAGGUGGAGUAUGUGAAGACCACUGAGCUGCUGCAGAUCUUCCUGCCGGUGGUGUACUCCAUCAUCUUCAUCCUGGGCAUCACAGGCAACAGGCUUGUUGUCGUGGUGCUGGGCUGCCAGCGCAGGUCAAAGUGCAGCCUCACGGACCGGUACCGCCUGCACCUCUCCGCUGCCGACCUCCUCUUCGUCCUGGCCCUGCCGUUCUGGGCUGUGGACGCGGCCCUGGGCGACUGGCGCUUCGGGAAGGUGGCCUGCAUCAGCGUCCAAGUCAUCUACACGGUCAACCUCUACGGCAGCGUGCUCAUCCUGGCGUUCAUCAGCCUUGACCGGUACCUGGCGGUGGUCCGGGCCACAGACACCAACACCGGCAGGCUGCGGCAGCUGCUGGCCCAUAGGCUGGUGUAUGUAGGUGCCUGGUUGCCCGCGGGCCUGCUGGCGGUGCCAGACCUAAUAUUUGCCAGGACCCAGGAAAGAGGCGAGGGGGCCAUGCUGUGCCAGCGCUUAUACCCAGCACACAGCGCUACUCUCUGGGUCGCAGUCUUCCAUCUGCAGCUGGUCGUGGUGGGCCUGGUUAUCCCCGGCAUCGUCCUGCUGGUGUGCUACUGCGUCAUCGUGACCCGGCUGACCCGGGGCCCGCUGGGGGGCCAGAGGCAGAAGCGGCGAGCCGUCCGGACCACCAUCGCCCUGGUGCUGUGCUUCUUCGUGUGCUGGCUGCCCUACGGGGUGGGCAUCUCCGUGGACGCCCUGCUGCGCCUGGACGUCCUGCCGCGCAGCUGCCGGCUGGAGGCCGUUCUCAGCAUGUGGCUGGUCGUGGCCGAGCCCAUGGCGUUCGCACACUGCUGCCUUAACCCGCUGCUGUACGCCUUCCUCGGGGCCGGGUUCAAGAGUUCAGCCCGCAGAGCCCUCACUCUCAGCCGAGCCUCCAGCCUGAAGAUCUUACCACGGAGACGAGCGGGGGCCUCCACCGCCACAGAGUCCGAGUCGUCUAGUUUGCAUUCCAGCUAGUGUUUGCCUUUAUUAGUGCACGUGUGUAUAUUGUGUGUUUAUCUGUAUGUGUGAGAAGAAAAGAGCAGAGUGCUGGUCCACGACUCCUCUUCAGCCUUACUGUGGGAUUUUUUGUGUAAAUAUUGUUUGCGAGCAACUGUGAUUGUUUUUUGUACAUAUUUGUAAUAAAACAAACAAGCACAACA